CUUUACAGACUGCACUGGCAGUAGUUAUCAGCGAGCUAGAGACAGCUAGGUGCAGACAGUACUACACCAGAGCAGCAGAGGCUCAGCACCGAUCACUGUGCACAACUGCAGCCAGAGAGCAGAACUCUCCCAGCCUGGAGGGGUAGAGGAAGAAGGAUCCUAUUAUCAUCCUCCUCCUCAUCAUCAUCAUCACAACUGAACAUAUUGCACUUGGAUUUUUAAACUACUUCAUUUGCAUUUCUCUGCACCGGUCCAUGAGACAAGGAAGGGGCUUCUCUCCCCUGGAACCAGAUGCUGCUGCUGCUGCUGGAGGUGUGAGAUCUACCUUGGACAUUAUUUGGUGGUGACUGAUGAUAGUCUUCGUCUUCUUCCCCAUUCUGCAUCCAUAAUAACGGAUUUGUCAGCUGCUUGGCUCCUGCAAGAAGAAAGGGGGUCUUUGCAUCCCACCUGCUCCCCCCCUUCCUCCCUCAGCCCCUCUGUGACCAUUCACACUUUCUGGAAAUCGCAUGCAAGGUGGUGGUGGUGGGGAGACUUGGGAUUUAUUUUAUUAUUUAUAUUAUUAUUAUUUUUUCUUCCUGGCAAAGACACAAUUGCAGAUAGCAGCAGCCGCCGCUGUGGUGGGCACUGUGCGGUGUGUAGAUGAAUGAAUGGCACACAGACUGAUACUUACAUACUAAUUAUUCCAGCAGUCCCCCCCUUUUCGCCCCCUCCAGUCUGGAUGGCUAUGGAUCAGGGGGUGAUCAGGGAGGACUGAGGCUUGCUUCUGCCUCUGACAUGCGAUCUGAGACCUCCACACCACCAAUGCAUCUCCUGGCUCAUUGAAGAAUGACUGCUAGCCAUGAGGACGCGACUCAAGUGCCCAUCCAGUGCCCGCUGAUCCCGACUCCUCUCUGAGAUCUUGCGCAUGCAGAGCAGGUGGAAGGGUCCCCAGGCUGCUCUGGACACUGUACGGUUCCUUACUGCGGUUGCAUUUAAAGGGACUGAGGCUGCACCAGACUGGGCAAGAACUAGCCAACUUCUGGAGGAUCCAAGGGGGACACCUUCAUCCUUCCUGAGUGUGGGUGCUGCAUGCUCUUUGGGUUCCCUCCCUGUCUUUGGUUGCCCCUUUUUUAUUUGUCCUGCUGGGGAUUAAUCAGCCGCUGGUCUCCCUCUCCAGUCACCCAAGCAAGGAGCCAGGGACCAUGUGGCUGAGGCGCAGGAAGGAGAUGGAUGUCCUGCAUAUUCUGCUUUUGCUGGCCGUGUCCUGGACACGAACCCGAGCCCUGAUCAACUUGAAAUACACAGUGGAAGAGGAGCAGAGAGCUGGGACUCAGAUUGCCAACGUAGCUAAGGACGCUAAGGAUGCUGGCUUCGUGCUGGACCCCAGGCAGCCUGCAUUCAGAGUGGUUUCCAACUCAGCCCCCCACCUGGUGGACAUCAACGCGUCGGGCUUGCUGGUGACCAAGCAGAAGAUAGACAGGGAUAUGCUUUGCAGGCAGAUGCCAAAAUGUGUCAUCUCUCUGGAGGUCAUGUCCAACUCCAUGGAAAUCUGUGUCAUCAAAAUAGAGAUUAAAGACCUCAAUGACAACGCUCCAAGCUUCCCCACUGACCAAAUUGACCUGGAGAUCUCAGAGACAGCCAGCCCUGGUACUAGGAUACCAUUGGAGAGUGCCUACGACCCAGACUCUGGUAACUUUGGGGUCCAGUCCUAUGAGAUCACACCCAACGACCUGUUUGGUCUGGAAAUAAAGACUAGAGGGGAUGGGUCCAGGUUUGCUGAACUGGUGGUGGAGAAAAACCUGGACAGAGAGACCCAGUCUCAUUACAAUUACAUCAUUACAGCUCUGGAUGGGGGGGAUCCCUCCAAUUUUGGCACUGUGGAACUGAACAUCAAAGUAAUAGAUUCCAAUGAUAACAACCCAGUGUUUGAGGAGGCUGCCUACACUGUCAAUGUCCCCGAGAAUGCCCCACUGAAUGUCCUGGUCAUUGAUCUUAAUGCCACAGACCCUGAUGAAGGUACCAAUGGGGAAAUAGUCUACUCCUUCAAUAGCUAUGUGUCUGACAAGACCAGGGAGCUCUUUAAGAUAGACCCCAAGACUGGCAUCAUCACUGUAAGUGGAGCCAUAGACUAUGAGGAAGGGCAUGUCUACGAAAUCGAUGUCCAAGCCAAGGAUUUAGGACCCAACUCCAUCCCUGCCCACUGCAAAGUGACUGUGAAUGUUCUGGAUGUCAACGACAAUGUCCCGGUCAUCAACCUGCUCUCUGUCAACAGUGAGGUGGUGGAAGUGAGUGAGAACGCUCCCCCUGGGUAUGUGAUAGCCCUGGUCAGGGUUUCAGACAGGGAUUCAGGCAUCAAUGGAAGGGUCCAGUGCAAACUGUUGGGUAACGUGCCAUUUAGACUGCAGGAAUAUGAGAGCUUCUCCACCAUACUGGUGGAUGGCAGGUUAGACAGAGAGCAGAGAGACCAGUACAAUUUGACCAUCCAGGCCAAGGACGGUGGGAACCCUUCUCUUCAGUCCACCAAGUCGUUUACAGUAAGAAUCACCGAUGAGAACGACAACCACCCACACUUCUCCAAGACCUUCUACCAAGUCAUUGUCUCAGAGAAUAAUACCCCUGGGGCUUACCUGCUCUCUGUCUCAGCCAGGGACCCCGAUUUGGGAUUAAACGGGAGUGUGUCCUACCAGCUGGUCCCAUCCCAGGUGAGGGACAUGCCGGUCUUCACCUACGUGUCCAUCAACCCCACCACUGGAGACAUAUAUGCCCUCAGGUCAUUCAAUCACGAACAGACCAAGGCUUUUGAGUUCAAGAUCUCAGCCAAGGAUGGGGGUAUCCCACCCCUCCAAAGCAAUGUCACCGUCAGAGUGAUUGUGGUAGAUGUGAAUGAUAACACCCCAGUGAUUACCGCUCCACCCUUGGUCAAUGGCACCUCUGAGGUCUACAUCCCCAGGAACGCAGGAGUGGGCUACCUAGUGACUGUGGUGAAGGCUGACGACUAUGAUGAGGGGGAGAAUGGCAGGCUGUCUUAUGAGGUGACAGAGGGGGACAGGGGAUUCUUUGAGAUUGACCAAAUCAAUGGGGAAAUUAGGACCACCAGGACAUUUGGGGAAAACUCCAAGACCACCUAUGAGCUGAUUGUAGCUGCACAGGACCAUGGCAAGCCCUCGCUCUCGGCCUCAGCCUUGAUUUUAAUCUACCUGUCCCCAGCACUGGAUGCCCAGGAGUCAAUAGGAUCUGUUAAUUUAUCGCUGAUUUUUAUCAUCGCCUUGGGAUCUAUCGCUGCCAUCCUCUUCGUCACCAUGAUAUUUGUGGCUGUGAAAUGCAAACGAGACAACAAGGAAAUUAGGACCUACAACUGCAGGAUAGCUGAGUACUCGUACGGACACCAAAAGAAAUCCAACAAGAAGAAAAAAAUCAGCAAGAACGACAUCCGCCUGGUACCCCGUGAUGUGGAGGAGACGGAUAAAAUGAAUGUGGUGAGCUGCUCCUCCCUUACUUCAUCACUAAACUACUUUGACUACCACCAGCAGACCCUUCCGCUUGGGUGUAGGCGGACAGACAGCACCUUCAUCAACGUGGACAACCAGAAUACAAGGAAUGCAGGGUCCAACCAUGUCUAUCAUCACACCUUCACCAACCAGAGUCCACCGCAGCCCGACCUCAUCAUCAACGGGAUGCCUCUACCGGAGACCGAGAACUAUUCAUUCGACACAAACUACGUGAACAGCCGGGCACAUCUGAUUAAAAGCAGUUCAACCUUCAAGGAUUUAGAGGGGAAUAGUCUCAAGGAUAGCGGGCAUGAGGAAAGUGACCAGACUGACAGCGAACACGACGUCCAACGCGGCUUGUACUGUGACACCGCUGUCAACGAUGUCUUAAACACCAGCGCCAAUUCAGUGGGGACUCAGCCAACAGACCAAGAUCAGACUGAAGGAUUCCACUGCCGGGAAGAAUGCCGCAUCCUUGGGCACUCUGACCGGUGUUGGAUGCCCCGUGUCCCCAUCCCAAGCCGCGCCAAGUCCCCGGAACACGGAAGAAAUGUAAUUGCUUUAUCUAUAGAAGCGACCACUGUGGACACUGAACCUUUCGAAGACUGUAACACAAAAAGAACUUUUGCAACGUUUGGCAAAGAUGGCAAUGAGCACACCGCUGAUGACAGGGCUACUUUGAAAAGUAAAAGGACAGUGGACCUGUCAAUAUGCAGCCCAAAGGUAAAUGGCGGUGUUCGUGAAGCGGGAAAUGGCUGUGAAGCUAUCAGCCCCAUUACUUCCCCUCUGCAUCUAAAGAGUCCUCUGCCAGCCAAAUCCGCCGCAGCGUACAACAUCAUGAAUUGCGCCGGGAACCGCGACAUGGAGCAAUUUGUAAGCAACGGCCCUUCCCGGCCUUCGGAAGCAGAGCCCAGGGGAGCGGACAGUGAAAACGUAAUGAAUGAAAUCAAUCCAUUAUUGCAAGAAUGUCGAGAAAAGGACUCACUUGGUGUAAAGAGACUAAAGGACAUUGUUCUCUAAGCACCAGACCUACCGUAUGGUGAAAGAAGUGACUUGAAACAUUACAGUUCAUUUUUAAUGGCUUACCAAUGGUUCACAAACUGCUGUAUUUAAAAGCUUUCCUAAAUGUAUUGUUUAUAAAUAAAGGCUAUUGUUAUGUGACAAUCCUAAACUAUUUAAUAUGUGGCAGGGGUGUUCCAUCCUAGCAAGCAGACUAAAUCACUAUUGUUAUUUUUUAUUUUUUAUUUUUAUUUUUUCCAAUCCCCUUGCUCUUAACAUGGAACCUGUUAUCAUCAAUGUACAAAGUAUUAUGUAUGUAUUAAGUAUUUUGAAUUUAUAUAUUUUUAUAAACAUAUAUAUCAAAAUUAUAAUAUAAAUUAGCCUAUUUGUACAGAAGAAAAAAAAAACAGAGGGGAAAAAAGAAAUACUUUUGGAUUUUCCAAAACCACUUUAAAAAAAUAAAUAAAAAUUAUUCGCUAAACGAUUUUGUAGCGUAGUUAAGAAUUCAGCCAUUGGACGCGAAUGGGCCAUACUUUCACCUGAGGAGCUAUAGACAGGCAGAUGCUCAGCCUAAUGAUUUAAUCCAUGAUAGUUUGCUCUAUUGCUACGAACACCCCUGCACUCAAAGCCCUUUUGCAGUUACAUGCUCUCUGUACUAUUAAUGUAUUUGAUAUUUCAAAUUUUGUCCAGUGAUGGCAAAAGGCAUUCGAGUAAAAAUGGAAGAAAAUGAAAGACGUAAUUUGUAAUCUUUUUUUUUCUUUUAAUUAUUAUUAUUAUUAUUAUUACUAUUAUUAAUAAUAUUUUAAUGUAUUCAUUGCGAAUACAGCAUUUUUUCCUCUUCUGCAUUUUACACUUGAUAAAUACAAAAUAUUCUUUUCUUUCAUAUCAUUGUGAAAGCCAACAGGUUUUUGUUUUUUUGUUAUGCAUUUUAUAUUCACUCGGUGCAAGGUUAUGGCAUUUUUUUGGGUUAUUUAAUUACUAUUUUCCAAAAAGAAAGAAAAAACCAUUGGGAGGUUUUGUGAAAACACAUCUUUUUAUAGUCAGAGAUUUUUCUCCACUUCAUUUUCCCACAAGUCAUGUUAUUGUUCCCAUUCAAUGUCCAAUUCAAGGUUCUAACUUUUAUGCAAAAUAAUUUUUUUCCAUUCCUAUCUUCACACAUUCAUUGCUUCACUCAAUCUGUUUUUUAUCAUUCUUUGUUCUCAUUUUGUUCGCGGUAGAUUCAAUAUAUAUUUAAUAUGUCAUGUUUUCAUGCCCAAGGAUGAAAUUAUUUCUCAGAUGUUCAGCUAUACAAGUCUGUUUUUGACAAUUGUAAAUUAUACAAAGGGUUUACACAAUAUUCUGUUUGUAAAAUAGUCUUACAAGAUAAUGUUGCAGACCAAUGUUACAAAAAAAAUGAUUCACUGACAAGAAGUGAAAAAAAAGAAGACAAAAAAAAUUAAAAGGUUUUUAAUUUCAAAAUGGCGUCUUGGCCAUGAUUUUAGCUGCACUUUUUACAAGGUUGACCUUGUAUUUAUUCUUUUAAUCUAAAAAAAAGCCCAGAAAAUAAGUAACAGUUAUAGUUGCAGAGUUUCUUCUUCUUUCAAGCCGAUGUGUAUGUUUUUGAAUAAAGACUUAUUUUUAUGU